AUGGAGAAGCUGGAGCAGAUCAAGCAAACCCUGAGCGAGAUCGACGACCGAACCCCCGACGCCCUCCGCGUCGCGUUCGGACUCGGCUACCGCGUCUCACCCGCGCCAGCACCAGGAGAGGAAGACCGCGUCGCUAGCUUCGCCGACUCCGUGCUGCCGCCGCCGCCACCCGUUUCCGAGGACGCCGAUGCCAACGAUCCCGGAGAACUCCACGAAGAAGUGCCUCUCGAUUCGACCUCCGACGACGACGCUGCGAAAGUGCUGAGGAUGGAGUGGGCUUCCUGCUAUCUACCGGACCACGACGAGGACGCGCACUUCGGGCACGGGGACGCCGGCGUCGUUGGCGUGGCGGACGGCGUAGGUGGGUACCGCGAACUCGGCGAGGACGCCGCCGCGUUCUCGCGCGGGCUCAUGACGAGCGCCCUCAUGCACGUCUUGGCGAUCGACCCCGGCACGCCCGUCUGCCCAUACACCCUGCUGGAGCGGGCGUACGACGAGACGGUUGCGGCCGCCGCGUCCGGGGCCUCCACGGCCGUCAUCCUCUCGCUCGCCGGCGCGACGCUCAGGUGGGCGUACAUCGGCGACAGCGCCUUCGCCGUGCUCCGGGGCGGCAACAUCGUGCACCGUUCGCGGGAGCAGAAGACCUACUUCGACAACUGCCCGUUCCAGCUCAGUUCCCCCGGGCAGGGGGACAGCAUCACCGAGGCAGACGUCGGGGAGAUGCCCGUGAGGGACGGGGACGUCGUGGUGGCCGGGACGGAUGGGUUGUUUGACAACGUUUUCGACGAGGAGCUGGAGCGGGUAGUGCGGAUGGGCACCGCGCAGGGAUACUCACCCAAGAACAUGGCGGACGUCAUCGCCGGCAUCGCGUACGAGAUGUCGCGGAGCCCAACCAAAGACUCGCCCAUCAGCACUGAGUACCAGAAGAUGGCUGCCGGGGUCGAGUUCCACGGCGGGAAGCCAGACGACAUCACCGUUGUCGUCGCCUUCAUUCGUGAUCUCAGUUCAGUUAACUGA